AGCUGUCAGGCCAUAAGAUAAGUGGGAUGGUCAACCUGGCGCAGGACCCGGCCUUCAACAUCGUCCCCAAGAACUCCACAUGUUUCAUUAUCUGGCGGGUGGAGGACCUGGAGCUGGUGCCGCUCAAACGUGACGACUAUGGCAAGUUUCACAAGGGCGACUCCUACGUCAUCCUCUCAGCCUCGGAGCACGGCAAACCUGCCGGUAUGGAUGACAUGCCGCACCCGCCGCGCGGAGGGCUGGACGUGCAUAUCCACUUCUGGCUGGGGUCGGCGACCAGCACAGACGAGGCGGGCGUGGCGGCCAUGAAGACCGUGGAGCUGGACAACCUGCUGGGCGGCGGACCCGUCCAACACCGCGAGACUGAGGGCAGCGAGAGCAAGAGGAUGCUCUCCUACUUCAAGAACGAGAAUAGGAUGCUGGAGGGAGGAGUGGCCUCCGGCUUCAGGAAGGUGACGGACGACUUCGAGCCUUCUCUCUACCACGUCAAGGGCAAGAGGACCACUGUCGUCAGGGAACUGCCAAAGGUGUCGUGGAGCGAGAUGAACGACGGAGACGUCUACGUCUUGGACACCAAGGAGAUCAUCUACGUCUGGACGGGACGCAACAGCAACAACAUGGAGAAGCUCCAAGGUGCCAAGUUCGCCUUGACGCUGAAGGAGGAGCACGGGCUGGGUCAGGUGGUGGUGGUCGAGGACGGACUCGAGAGCGCCCUCCAGGACAAGGAGAGGAACGUCUUCGAGAAGCACCUCGCCCUCAACAAGAAGCAGAUCCUCCCAGCCUCAGAAGCCCCCAAGGACGAGACCGUGAUGCGACGGAUGUGCGAAGAACUGAAGCUCUUCCGCUGUAGUGACGAAUCCGGCACGCUGAAAGUCAUAGAGGUCAAGAACGGACCGCUCUACCAGGCAGACCUCGACUCUAAGGAUUCCUUCAUCGUAGACAACGGACAAGAUGGCGUCUGGGUCUGGAUCGGCAAGAAAGCCACUCAGAAGGAACGGGAGGAGGCACUCAGGAACGCCCAGGGCUUUGUUACCAAAAAGGGAUACCCAGCCAGCACCCAGGUCUCCCGAGUGGUCGACAACGGGGAACCUCCAGAAUUCAAGACACUCUUCAGAGACUGGAAGGACAAGGAGCAGAGUCGGGGAUUCGGUCGUCAGAUUUCCAGCUCCAGGAUCGCCACCACCGUCCAGACCAAGUUCGACGCCAACUCCCUCCACUCUCAGCCGGAAAUUGCCGCCAAGACCCAAAUGGUUGACGACGGAAGCGGCCAGAAGGAAGUGUGGAGAGUGAAGAACUUCGACCUGGUACCCGUACCCGAGCAGCAGUACGGAGAGUUCUUCAUGGGUGACUGCUACAUCAUCCUCUACGCCUACCUUCACGCCAACACCGAACACUACAUCCUCUACUACUGGAUCGGUAACGACGCCAGCCAGGACGAGGCGGGGACGGCGGCGCUGAAGGUGGUGGAGCUGGACGACAAGCUACAGGGGCGAGCCAUCCAGGUGAGGGUGACCCAGGAGAAGGAACCUCCGCACUUCAUGGCCAUCUUCGGCGGCAAGAUGGUCGUCUUCGAAGGUGGCUACGCUUCCUCCUUUGAUGGAGCCGGGGCGCGCGACCAAGGGCGCAAGAGUUCCUACAUGCUGCAGGUCCGCGGUACUACUGGCCUCCACACCAAGGCUGUCGAGGUGGACAUGCGCGCCGCCUGUCUCAACUCUAACGAUUGCUUCAUCGUGGCGACGCCCCAGCUGACGUACGUCUGGUGUGGCAAGGGCUCCACCGGCGACGAGCGGGAGAUGGCAAAGUCCCUGGCAGCCAACAGGGGCGAGACUGUCAUCGUCUCCGAGGGGCACGAGAAGGAAGACUUCUGGAAGGCGUUGGGAGGCUAUGAGGAGUACGCCAGCUCCCCCAGGCUUAGGGAGGACAACCACACUCAUCCGCCGAGGCUCUUCCAGUGCUCCAACGCCAGCGGAGUCUUCAGAGCUGAGGAGGUGAUCAACUUCUCCCAGGCGGACCUGACGGAGGACGAUGUUAUGCUCCUCGACACCUGGGACACCAUCUUCCUCUGGGUGGGACACUGCUCCAACAAGGAGGAGCAGAAGGCGGCGGACACCCUGGCGGUGGAGUACCUGCGUACGGACCCAGCUGGCCGCGUCAAGGGCACCACCAUCGUCAAGCUUAAACAGGGAUUUGAACCACCCAAUUUUACAGGAUUUUUUGGCAUAUGGGACAACGACCUUUGGAACGAUAAUAUGACAUAUGCGGACAUAUGUGAGAGGCUGGAGGAGGCGGCCCCUGGCGCUACAGUGCUGGUGACCUCGUCCUCCUCCAGCGGCACCUCCGGCAGAAGGGUCUACCCGCUGGCCACACUCAGGGAGAAGGACCCCGAGAAACUCCCGCCAGAAGUGGAUCCCGUCCACAAGGAGGACUUCUUGAGCGACAGUGAUUUCAAGAGUGUGUUCGGUGUUGAGCGCGACCACUUCAGCUCCAUGCCACAGUGGAAAAGAAACAAUCUAAAGAAAAAAGCUGGGCUGUUCUAAACUGUGCAGCAGCAGGUGUGGCGGCCCCACACUACUCGCCAGGGGUGACGCCAGCCACACUACUCUCCAUGGGGGUGACGCCAGCCACACUACUCUCCAUGGGGGUGACGCCAGCCACACUACUCUCCAUGGGGGUGAUGUUAGCCACACUACUCGUCCGGGGUGACAAGACACUACCCGAUCUGGGUGACAAGUUGUCACUGACAACACACACACACACACUACUCGCCUGGGUGUAUAAAAAUGAUAGAGGCUCGCGAAAUUGCUGUGAUGUCCUAUUUUAUGUUCAUGGGUCCCCGGGUAGGUUAGGUCCGAAGACUUUAG